AUGUUUGGCCGAUGGUCCCGCGGCCAAGAGGCCAAACAUCCUACUCCUCCUCGCUCCUCCCCUUCUCCGCCUCCUGCUACGGGUGGAGAAGUCUCCUCCGCCCCGUCCCAGAGCAACACAGCUCGCCGCUACCGCCGUCUGGUUGCCCAGUGCGACACGGUGGGCGAGGCUGUGGACUCGGUGAAUCGCGACCUGGACUCUCUCACCACCCUCAUCGUUCCCGAGAAUCUGGCGGAGUUCCGCAAGGACAUCCUUACGUGCAUCAAGAAGUCUCUUUGUCGAACCGCCUUCCCAAACAACACGAUUCCGCCGUUCCAGCCGAUCGCGGGGGAACCUUUCAAAGCCGUCCGCCGCUCGUACCUUCGUCAGCACCUGCAGUGGCCUACUGCGGCAGACGCGGCAGCUUUCCGUGCCUCCCUCCCAAUCACCUUCACUCCCCCGAACGGCCACUCGGUGGAACUCAAGGAAUUCGUCGACCCUGAGCCGGACUACACGGAAGCUAAGGAUCGCGGUGAGACCCACUUGGUCGUCCGCAAUGUUCCAGUGGGUUACAAUCUUGCAACGAUUCAUUCCAUUCUUGUCUCAAGGUCUAACAGGGCUGGCCAGAAAUGGCUAGCCGACCUCCUGCACUUUCACAUGGCCUACGAUCCCUAUGAGGAGCUUUAUCACAACCAGAUACACGGGAUCCCGGUGGCGAUGCCUGGUGACGCCUGUUUCAAUGCGAUUCCGCCUCUGAUCUGGCUUCCUGGUUCCCGGGUGCCGGUGUUCGUUCAUCUAUCCUGCCACUCUUGCAACAUAUGCUCGAGCAACCACCGCACCAUCGAUCACCAUGUGUUCCCGGUGACGCGUCGUGGAAAAAUCAACAACCCACACUCCCUCACGCUCCUUCCUGCUUGCAUCUCAAGCCUGGACUCACCUAUCAGCCACGUCGAAGUGGAACGAGCCUUCACCACCCUGGCCAGAGGAAAAACUCUCGGCACCGAUGGUCUCUCGGGAGACCUUUUCCGCGCACACAAGUCCACCUUGGUUCCCGUGGUGCACAAGCUCUUUGGUAACAUUCUAAACCACAAUGCCCUACCCCCAUCAAUGCUUGAAGGACGUACAGUCCUUAUCCCCAAAAAGGGCAAUUCGGCUCUGGUGGAAAAUUUACGACCAAUCACGCUAAUGAACUCGGACUACAAGCUCUUGGCCAUCACCCUAGCCAACCGUCUCCAAUCAAUCCUCCCCAGAAUCAUACACCAUGCGCAAACCGCCUUUGUUAAAGGACGAAAGAUUGGCGACACUAUCAACGAUUCAUUAGAUCUCAUGGAUUGGGCGGCUCUCAACAACCUCCCUAUGCUUGUCCUCACCGUUGACAUACGAAAGGCAUAUGACAUGGUAGAUAGGGAAUUUCUCUUCCGUUGUCUCUCCCACCUGGGCAUCCCUCCCGCGUUCGUCGCUUGGGUCAGGCGUCUCCACUCAAACAACUACACCCACGUAUCAGUCAACAACGCUGCUGGCCCUCGGUUUCAGGUACGAACCGGUGUUCGUCAGGGCUGCCCCCUCGCACCACUCCUCUUCCUAUGCGUAAUCGAAGUCCUGCAGCGGUACCUCUCGACCGCCCUUCCUGGCUUUGCAAUUUCUCCCGUCCAACAACGCUUAAUGGCCUGUUACGCUGACGACGUUUCAAUUUUCCUCAACUCGGACUCCGAACUACUCACCGCAAAAGAAAAACUCGAUGAGUUCGCUAGAUGCUCAGGGGAAUACCCUAACUGGGAUAAAUGCACUAUAAUCCCAUUCAAUGUUCCAAUCUCUAGCAUCUCCAAUGCUGGCUGCAUCCCCAUACGACAAUCCGACGAGGCUGAACGGAUUUUGGGAAUAUACGUAGAACGGGAUCAACCCGGUCUCACCACGUGGGACCACAUUCUCUCCAAGAAAAUAUACGCCGCGGUUUCGGACGAAUGGUGGGCAACUCUCACCAAAUUCGCUCCGGCCCCAGGCUAUCUCACGGUGAACGACUGGGCUUUUGAGGCCAUCCCCUCCACUACUCACCAACGGAUACUCCGCGUCACCCGCAUUUUGGAUAACCAGCAGGCGCAACCCGAGUACUACGACGUCACAAGCAGACGUGUGAGCAAGACGCCAGCACGAGAGGUGAAUUUUGGCUUCGAGGACGUCAUCACGGUGUGCGUUAUCGACGGCUGGGAAGCACCACCCCGAACCGACGCCGAUCCUUUCUCUGCGUUCUCUGACAAUCUGCUUGGCGCCAUGCUGCUGCGCGUGGCAUGCAACGGCGUCAGAUUCGGCGGCCAGGAUUGUCCUAUGAGUGACGAGGACGAAGCAGAUACGGAAAAGAAUAUCGACGAGGCCCUAAUUGAACCGCUUCCCUCCGAAAGCGCGUGGCUCGCCGACAAUCCCGAGGCUCCCGUUAGGUGUUCGUCGUCGCUGGUAUCGUUUCGCCACGCGCUCGUCUGCAAGCGCCGGUUGCGCGUCGCCCGGUUCGUGGUUCCCUCCAUCGUCGUUCCGCUCGACCGCUUCUUCUCCGCUCGCGCCCUCGCAUCGCUCCUCCGCGCGCCCGCCACCGUGGGGUUCCCCAACCUCCGCCACCUGCACCUCGCGCCCAAUGCGCUGGACACCGUCGAUCCCGCGCUCAUGCGCGCCAUCUGCGCCGGAUCUGGACCGUCCUUAACGCCUCUUUCGCUGCAGCUAUACGACGGCUGGCACGCGCGUCAGUACCCUCCUCCCGGGUCGGCACGCAGGCGGCGAAGAACUCAUUGCUCAACUGCCCUCCCAGAAUCUUUAGGGCAGCUGCCUGCGCUGCGUGACUUGAAAUUUCUAAACAACGGUCGCAUCACGCACCUCUCGCCGUCGCUCUCUGCCAGCAGCACGCUCGAGCACCUCUCUCUCCACAACUGCCAAGCGCUCUCAGCCCUGCCGGACGCCAUCGGCCACAUUCCCACCCUAGAACGCGUCGACCUCAGCUUUCUCAAUGCCCUCACGGCCCUUCCGGUCUCCCUGGGUGGCGCGUCUCGCCUCCAGGAGCUCAGAAUCGUCAGCUGCAGCCGCCUCGUGGGACUCCCACCUUCGGUCUCCGCCCUCGCCUCCCUCGCCCGCCUCACAUUCGACGGCUGCGCGGCGUGGGCGUUGCCCGAGGAUUUCGGGCAGCUCUCGAAUCUGGUGCGGCUGAAACUGUCCUGCAGGGACUUGGCUGCCCUGCCGAGGUCGUUUGGGCAGCUGAAGAAGCUGCAGGAGCUGAGGCUCUAUGCCUGCUACGGGCUUCUCGAGCUGCCCGUGUCUUUCGCUAAUCUGUCCUCGCUUGAAACCCUAGCCAUCUACGGGGGAACUCACCUCCCUGCCGCCCUCCUUCGAGCACCUCCCACAACUGCGACGCUUGGAGCUGAUAAAUUGCGCCAUACCGAGACUGCCGGAGAGCCCGCGUGGCCGCCUCCCACGCCGUUCUCAGUGACCACGCAGGACGAAUCGCCCCCGGUGUACACGCUGAUGGACGAUCCGCCCCUCCUGGACGAACUGGUCCAAAGGCUGUUGGGGCGCUGCCUGCUGCACAGCUUGCCGGCUUACGUCUCCCAGCUCAUGCGCCUGCAGCAGCUGGUGAUUGAUGGGUGUGACGCGCUGGAGAGGUUGCCAGAGGGGUUGGGACGGCUGGCUGGGCUGCAAGUGCUGCAUCCAGCCAGAUUGGCGCUCCUCUCGACUCUGCAGUAUCUGGCGAUCGUGAAAACGCGCCUACCGUUGCUGCCGAGCAAUCUUAGUGACCUCAAAAGCCUCAAGGUGCUCAUUCUUGAGAGGUGCAUUUGCAUGCCCUCCCUCCCCGCCUCCCUACCCCACCUCUCCAACCUCGAAAAACUCGUUCUGAGCACCCUUCCUAGGCUGGCGCGCCUGCCCAAGAAUCUUGGGCAGCUGAAGUCCUUGAAAGAGCUAUCUGUGGAGGCGUGCGAUGCGCUGGUGGGGCUGCCUGCGUCCAUCGGCCUCCUCUCCUCCCUCGUCCUCCUCUCCAUCAUUGAAUGCGACAAGUUCUCCUCUCUCCCCAACUCCAUCGGCUCCCUCCCCUGUCUCGCCUCCCUCAAACUUAAUGGUCUUUUCCGCCUGCGCCGCCUGCCAGAGUCCAUCUCCCGCCUUCCCGCCUUGGUGAUCCUCUCGCUGGAAGACUGUGAAGAGCUGCGGGCGCUGCCGGAGGGGCUGGCGGGUGUGGGGACGUUGAGGGAGGUGAUCAUAGGAGGGUGCGGCAGGCUCAAGAGUUUGCCUCAGUCGCUGCUGGAUAGGCAGCAUGUGAUUGACCUGCAGGGCGUUAACUGA